GUGAAAAAACAAACUUCAGAUACCAAAUAUUUUUGUAUUGUAGUGGACGUGUGUAUAUAAAUUUAGUGCCAGAUAGAACGUGGCAGAGUAAACUACGAUUUUGUUGUGUAGUAAUAGCAACGGCUCAGUGUGACUUUUUAUCUUAUUGAAGGCAUUGAAAUGGCACCUCCAAAUGUUCUAGUCACUGGAGGCGCGGGAUAUAUUGGCUCUCAUACAAUUUUGGAGAUGCUUAAUGAGGGAUAUAAUGUGAUUUGCGUAGACAAUUUGAGUAAUGCAUACAGCUCAGGCUCCUCAAAGCUUCCCGAAUCUUUGAACAGGGUUCAAAAGCUUACAGGAAAAAAAUUGAAUUAUUAUUGUAUUGAUAUUACUGAUAGAGAUCAAGUUCGUGCCGUUUUUCAAGAGCACAAAAUCGAUAUGGUGGCUCAUUUUGCUGCUCUUAAAGCUGUUGGAGAAUCUUGUCGCAUACCGCUUCAGUACUACCACAAUAACAUGACCGGCACAAAUGUUCUUUUGGAAGCUAUGGCUGAUAACAAUGUUUUCAAAUUUGUAUAUAGUUCCAGCGCCACCGUGUAUGGCGAACCCAAAUUCUUGCCUGUAACUGAAGACCAUCCAACUGGAAACUGCACUAGUCCCUAUGGCAAAACUAAAUAUUUUACUGAAGAAAUUUUGAAGGAUCUAUGCAAAUCAGAUAAGCGGUGGGCAGUGGUUUCAUUACGCUAUUUCAAUCCCGUUGGUGCGCAUCCGAGCGGGUGCAUUGGAGAAGACCCUAACGGAGAACCUAACAACUUGAUGCCUUUUAUUGCGCAGGUUGCGGUAGGUCGUCGAGAUGUUUUACGAAUUUACGGAUCUGAUUUUCCAACAAAAGACGGUACUGGAGUUCGUGACUAUAUACACAUUGUAGAUCUUGCUGAAGGCCAUCUAAAAGCUUUAGAAAAAUUAAGAAAUGUUGCGGAGACUGGAUUCUUUGCAUAUAAUCUAGGAACUGGUGUUGGAUACUCUGUUUUGGAAAUGGUCCAUGCUUUUGAGGGAGCUAGUAAGCGUAAAGUUAAUUUCGAAUUUACAGAUAGGCGAUCUGGGGAUGUUGCCACUUGUUAUGCUGAUGCAUCGCUAGCGGAAACUUCUCUUGGAUGGAAAGCUAAACGCGGUAUACAUGAAAUGUGUGAAGAUACCUGGCGUUGGCAAAGCAAUAACCCCAACGGCUAUGCCCCUAAAUAACUUACGUUAUAUGGUAGAUUUUUGCAAGUGAAAUAAAAACAGCCCAUAAUG